UAGUUCCUGUUUUUUGGCAUUAGGUGCCCUAAGGCUUCACUGAGCCCCCUUUCAGACUGAGGUGGCUGAGACUAGUACCCCAACUAUUCAGCCUAUUCCUGUAUCCUCAAGCCUUGGGAGCUGAUCAAAGGACUCAGGGAUCGAUCAACUCUUCCUUUGUUCCCCUGCUGCUUUCACACCGAGUCAGUCCUGAGUCCCACAACCUCCUCUGGGCCACCUCUGGUCUCAGGUUCCUCUUCCUGUACCUCCACCCAUCCCCCAGUCUCUAAGAAUCCCUGUCCCCCGACCCCCCCACACACACACACACCCAGGGGAGUGCAGCCUCUGGUCUCUGGGUCAAACUCUCCCUGCAGUCUGCAGCCUAGGUGGGAGAAGGUGGGUGGAGUUGAUCAGAGAAAUGAAUGUGGUAUACAGACAUGGCUUUCAGCCUCCUGCACCCGAAUCAGUUAUGAAUUUUUGUUCCAAACCGGAUCCAUUUCCCUACCUUUCGUCAGCAGCUUCCCCGUUGAUCGCAGAACCACAAACCUCGGACCAUGUACAUACUUACCCAGGUGCACGCACCAGAAGCUCUGUCCUAAAGAGCACAGCUUCAGAUGAUCAGAUUCUGAGUGUGUACCUGCCGAGUUCCAGCCCCCAAGCUACUGGACUGCUGGGGAAGUGCUUUCCUGGCGGCUGUUUAGGGUCAGCUCUGUUAGUGGCUGGGAAACUUGUACACCAACCAGUUGCUGUUUCCUGUGGUGAGAGUUUUGGAGCUCCCAGAAGCUCUUCAGGGCCUUAGAGCCGGGUGGAAAGAUCUAGAUUUAACCAGUGAGCCUACAACACGUUCCAGUGGCUCCCGUGCCUGUCAGGGUGGGUGUGAGACAGCAGACUUUGGGCCAAUAUAGCAUUGAGGGUAAAAAGGUCAGUGAUUCAAUUUGAAGUCCCCAGUACCAAUUAAUAUUGACUCCUUGGGCACUGUUAUGGAGAAAGUAAAAGCUUGACUCUAUAGGAAGUUAAGUGAAGGGGGAGGGGGCACCGCCAUCCUGACCCUCUCUCUGUAAGGCAGCACUGAUCUGCAAGAGAGACUGAUCUGUCUCACUCUCAGGGGUCUUAGUGGUGUGAGGUGAGAAUUUGGAGAGGGGCCUGGGAAAUUUGUCUAGUGUGAGCUGUGGGUCAAGGGGCGGAGCAGUCUGUUUGGGAUUCCUAGGCAGGAAGUGAAAGUGAAAUCAUGGUUGGGAGCUUUCCCAGAAGCGGACUGCAUCCUGCCCUUCCCAGAAAGAGGGCUGUCAACGGAGAGGGUUGCUUCCCAGGCCUGCCCUCUGAAGUAGCAGAGGCUCAGAUGGACUGUCGGAGGGAAGAAACCUGAAGAUGUGGGACUGGCUGAACUCCACUCUUCCUUUCCAGAGGAAGUUACAGACACCAGGCUUGCUUGCUUCUGACACAGUCAUCACAACCAUGAGACACUGUUGGACAACAGACCCUAGUCCUUGGCGGGUCCUGCUUCUCUGUGUCCAUGUCGUCAUUCUGGCCAGAGGCACAUGUGCACCUCAGACAAAGGACCUGUGCUCUUCCUGGUCUCCAGCACUGCACGUGAUCUGGCCAGAGGAAGAAGUGCCACUGAAUGGAACGCUGACCUUGUCCUGUACUGCCUGCAGCCGCUUCCCCUACUUGAGCAUCCUCUACUGGCUGGGCAAUGGUUCCUUCAUUGAGCACCUCCCAGGCCGGCUGAGGGAGGGUCACACAAGUCGGGAACACAGGAACACCAGCACUUGGUUACAGAAAGCCUUGGUGCUAGAGGAACUGAGCCCCACCCUACGAAGCACCAACUUCUCCUGUCUGUUUGUGGAUCCUGCACAGGUGGCCCAGUAUCAUAUUGUUCUGGCCCAGCUCUGGGAUGGGUUGAAAACAGUCCCGACCCCUUCUCAAGAAAUCCUCUCCAGCCACAGCCCAGAACCCACAUCAGCAGGGCCAGGGGUCAACAUGCAGCCGGCCACAGCAUGGCCUUGACUGGAGCCUGGCUCUCAUCAACCUGGAGGGUGAAGGCUACACCACAGGCUCUGCUUGUCCCACGCAGCUGAACCUCAAACUCAAGCUCUAUUUCUACCUAGAAUAUCAUAGUAAUUAAAUUAGAAUUUCCCCUGCUUU